AUGGUCACAAAAUUUGUAAGACAUUUUAAUUAUAAUGACGAGACCUAUUUCAAUGAAUCGGUGGCCUUCAGAUAUGGUUAUACGAAUAUGAAUAGGUUUAAUAGAGCUUUAUAUGGACACGUUGAAUGUUUUUUCUUGUCCAUGACAAUGAUUAUACAUGAAUAUUAUGUUUGGUUUGAAAAAAUCGUUUGUUUUUUGGGUAUGCUUUUGACCUCUUUUGCUCAUUUAUUUAUGGUUAUACUUAUUCUCCUGUAUUUUCUAUCCAAAUCAGAAUCAAGGACAAAAUUCGACAGUCUUAUAAACCAAAUCGAGAGCUACGCCGAAGAUAAAAAGUUAUCAAAACCAGUUAAAGACCAAAUCCUACAAUUUUAUAAAUAUAAAUUCAGAAAUGGAUAUUUUAACGAAGCCAACAUUAUGUCAAUGUCAUGCGCUGGUCUUGUAGAGGACAUGCACAAGCAUAUUUGUAGAAAAGUACUUAAAAUACCACUAUUUUCUUCAUUAACCCAACAACAAAUUGGUUUAAUUUUAAAAUAUUUCGAAAUCGAACUUUACAUGCCCAACGACAUCAUUUAUAAUUAUGGCUCAAUAGUAGAGUACAUAUUUUUUAUAUCGAGCGGUACCGUAGCGGUGUAUACCAGGUCUGGCAUAGAGGCUUUUCACUUGGAAGAUGGAGAUUUUUUUGGAUGGGUGGAUGUUUAUGGUGGUGCAGUUAGACGAGAAACCACCAUCAAUGCUUUGGAGAUUACGGAAAUAUUUAAGAUACGUUAUCAGCAUACUUUUGAUAAUUUUAAUAAUUUUCCUGAAAUUCUGCGUUCAAUGCAUAUUGAAUAUACAAAAAGAAGGUUAAUUGUUAAAGAUUUGGAAAAGAAGUUUAAAGAUAGUAUCAUGAAGACUAAAUUUAAUUCAGUUGCAGAAAAUCGAAACACUUUAACUAUAGAUAAUAAUGAUUGA